ACUUUUAACAUAUAUCGAGAAGUAAGUUUAUAUACAUCUACGCCUACAGAGGUUAUAUUUUGAUAAAUUUAUAUUCUCCGGAUAUAACAAUAAAUUUAUUUGCAUCGCACGUAUUUAAUAUACAGUGAAUUUAUGAAGAGGUUUAUUCACACCACGUUUUAAACGCGAACAUGACUUCCAGAUACAAUACUGUGAUAAGUUAUUUUGUUGUCUUGAUUCAUCUUAUGUACAUGUACAACAAAUUGUUGCCUCUUGAACAUUGAAAGUUUCAGUUAUAUAUAAACAUGUGUUCGGUAUCUAAAUCAAAAUAUUGAGUGAAUAAUAAGGCAAUUUUGAAUUAGAACAGUUUAAAAUUUAAAGGUUUAGAUAAUUCGAAGAAGCCAGAAGUAAUGUAUUUACAAUGCUUUGGUUUAUCUAAAAGCAACAAUGGUGUGUUGGAAAGCAGAUUCGCGAAUGAUGGCCAGCAAAUGCUUGUGUUGUGAUUUGCAAAUUUGGAAGCACAGUAAAUGGAGAACUCUCGAUAAGCUCAGAUAAUAUAAAAUAACUAUCAAAUCGUUAAAUUUUACAUUCCUUAGUGUGCCAUAAGUACAUAAUCUUAAUUAUUAAUAAUUUGCCAAAGUUUUGAAACGAAAAAGUAUUGAAGGACCCAGUGCAGUAUGGCGGACGAUUCCAGACCCUUACUGGGAUCCAUUAAGAUCCGGUCGUUCCAUCAGAGGAUACGGAAGAAAAACAGUUGGAUCCUCAGACCUUCAGCGUUGAGGAAAUGCGUGUUCGCCGUAGUAUUUUUUUCAGUGAUUUUGAUUAUUAUUUAUUCUAGACAAACUCGCUCACCUUAUUUAACCAAAUUUAUUCAAAGAUCCACAAGGCCGGAACCCAAUAUACGUUGUGGCGUAAUGAACGGUCCAAGGAUCUUGCAAAACCAUGAUCACAAAACAGAUGCAAGACUGCGUAGUUACCCUAAAGUUCUAGUUUUCGUAGAAACGAUGUAUUCGCAAUUAGGAAAAAACAUUGCUGAGCUUCUUGUCCAUACCAGAUUAAAGUACAAAAUAGAAGUCAGCGGUAAAAGUGUACCGGUGCUCACUAACUUAGACAAAGGCCGUUACGGCGUGAUAGUAUUCGAAAAUUUUAACAAAUAUCUCCAAAUGGACAACUGGAAUAGAGAACUUCUCGACAAAUACUGUAGGGAAUAUUCGGUUGGCAUCGUUGGAUUCAUAACACCCGAAGAGGAAACUUACGUCGGCACCCAACUCAAAGGGUUCCCGUUAUUCAUACAUACCAAUUUGAAGCUAAAAGAUGCGGCUCUAAAUGCAGCUUCGCAAAUUUUGAGGUUAACUCGAGCCGGAGAAACAGUUUGGGGCGAAUUACCAGGAAACGAUUGGACAGUAUUUCAAGCCAACCAUUCCACUUACGAACCUCUGGAAUGGGCUACCCGCAACGAUCAUUUUCAACUUAACGACAGCGGUUCGAAAGUUCCUCUACCGACUGUCAUUCAAGAUCACGGGCUAUAUGACAACAUCCAACGUGUUAUUUUCGGGUCUGGUUUAAAAUUCUGGCUGCAUCGUUUGCUGUUUUUAGACAGCUUAAGUUACCUUAGUCACGGUCAGCUCAGUUUAUCCUUGGACCGAAAGUUCCUGGUUGAUAUAGAUGACAUAUUUGUCGGAGAAGUUGGAACUAGAAUUAGACCCGAUGAUGUUAGUGCUUUAAUUGAUACUCAAGAGAGAUUAGCUAAUAUGGUACAAGGAUUCAAAUUUAACUUGGGUUUUUCCGGAAAAUAUUUUCAUCACGGGAACAACGAAGAGGAUAAAGGUGACGAUAUGAUUCUUGAAAACUUGGAAAAAUUUAUGUGGUUUUCGCAUAUGUGGAACCAUCAGCAGCCACAUUUGUACGAUAAUUUUACGCUUUUAAUGGAAGAUAUGAUGUUAAAUAAAAAUUUCGCUAAAGAAAAAGGAAUCCCUGUUGAUUCGGGCUACUCGGUCUCGCCUCAUCAUUCUGGAGUUUAUCCCGUUCAUGAAGUUCUGUACACAGCUUGGAAAAAAGUGUGGAAUAUUCGAGUUACAUCUACAGAAGAGUAUCCUCAUUUAAGACCAGCCAGAUUAAGGCGUGGAUUCAUACACAAGAAUAUAAUGGUGCUUCCGAGGCAAACAUGUGGGUUGUUUACACAUACCAUGUUUAUUGACCGGUAUCCCGGUGGUAGGGAAAAAUUAGAUGAAUCCAUUCAGGGUGGCGAGUUGUUCCAGACUAUCGUUUAUAACCCGGUUAAUAUAUUUAUGACCCACAUGUCAAACUACGGAAAUGACAGAUUGGGUCUGUACACCUUCGAAUCUGUCAUCAAAUUUAUCCAAUGCUGGACGAACAUAAAACUAUCAUCAGCGCCCCCACUCCAAUUAGCGGAAAACUAUUUUAAGCUCUAUCCCGGCGAAGCAGAUCCUGUUUGGGGGAAUCCUUGCGACGAUCCCAGACACCAAAAAAUAUGGUCCAGAAACAAGUCUUGCGAUUCGCUCCCAAAGUUUUUGGUGAUCGGACCACAAAAGACCGGUACUACAGCUCUCUACACUUUUUUAACUCUUCAUCCAGCCAUAGCUAGUAAUGUCCCAAGUCCUACCACAUUUGAGGAAAUUCAAUUUUUCAAUGCUCACAAUUAUCUUAGAGGUUUGGACUGGUACAUGGAUUUUUUCCCGACGGAUUCAAAUUCUUCAGCUAGGUACUACUUCGAAAAAAGCGCUACCUAUUUCGAUGGUGAAUUGGUUCCGAGGAGAGUCCACGCGCUACUACCGCACGCUAAAUUGAUUACAAUUCUUAUAUCACCAGCCAAAAGGGCGUACUCGUGGUACCAGCACACCAAAGCGCACGGCGACAUCAUAGCUAAUAACUAUAGCUUUCAUCAAAUCAUUACCGCCAGCGAUACCGCCCCGAAGCCACUGCGAGACUUGAGAAAUAGAUGUUUGAAUCCCGGAAAAUACGCCCAACAUCUUGAGAGAUGGAUGACGUAUUUCCCUUCACAGUCUCUUCAUAUCAUCGACGGUGAGGAAUUGAAAAACAAUCCUGUUGAAGUAAUGAAUGAACUCCAGAAAUUUCUCAAGAUAAUGCCAUUCUUCAACUACACAGAACAUCUAAGGUUUGACCCUAACAAGGGUUUCUACUGUCAAGUAAUCACUGGCGACUACACGAAAUGCUUGGGUCGCAGCAAGGGCAGGCAGUAUCCUCCGAUGGAAGAAAAAUCUCUCAAAUAUUUGCAAAGGUACUAUCUGAGCCACAACACGGCUUUAGUCAAAUUGUUCAAGAAAAACGGAAAUAGGAAUAUCCCUAAUUGGCUCAAGGAAGAUUUGUCUGAUAAACCUGAUAAAGAUUAACUAUUUAUUUUCUAAAAGUUUCUUAGAUUUUUAUUUAAAAAAAUGAUAUAUUAUGGUGAUCGCCUGAAAUUUUUGUGCUUACCGAAGUUCUUAGUCAUACUUUUGGGUAUACCAAACUUUCAAAUUCUUGAGAUAACAGUAUUUUUGUGAAUAUUUUCUUAGGUUUAGUAUAAUUUAAAAACCGUGGUUAUAUUCUUUUUUGUUUAUUAACUAUUAAUAAUAACGGGAAUACGAGGUGGGUGUAAGAUUCUAAAAGAUGCAUAUUUUCAAAUCUUUCCGAUCAUUCACCCUGGCAUAGAAUGAUUCAUCUUCUUCUUCACAGAACCUGCAUAAUAAUACUUCUAUUUCCAUUACUUUUCUGGUUAUUCUGUCUGAUUUCAUUUUUAUUAGGCGACCAUACCAGUUUUAUCAUUUCUUUUUGAUCUCUGUCAUUAUUGGUUUCUGUUUCGUUACUUUUUUUAUAUUAUCUUCAAUCCUUGCUCUGCCUCAUUCAAUUUUUUCCACACUAUUUUCUCAAUUACAUUUAUUUUUAUCUGCUGUUUUUUUUUUUAGAAUUAUAUGAUGAAAUUUUAUCUUUAUGUAUUGGUUUAUUGAAGAAGUAUGAUUCUGAUUAAUUUGUACAAAAUCUUAUAAAGCAAAAAUAGCAUUUUAUUGGACUCUUACAUUUCCACCUCGUCUUCCAUUAACAUUAAAACCCUUUACCGUGCAAAACUCUAAAUGUAAAAAUUUGAAAAUUGGUACAUAUUUGUACCAUUAACAUUCUUUGUAGUACACAUGUACCACCACCAUUUUUUGUGGUACGCAUAUGUACCACUCAUGAAAAAG